CCACAACGUGAAUAUUCAUUUUUUUUUUUCUCGAAACACUGCACCGUUUGUACACUCAUGUAAGUUGGCAGGAAAGUUUGCCGAAACGUUAAUUAAUUCGAGGGAUACAAGAAAACGUUAUCUCUCGGUCAAAGCGGAUUUUAGUGCUUAAUAUUAUUAUCAAGUAUAUCUUUCAGUUCUAUAAAUUGCGUGCCGAAAUGGUCGGUGGACUUAAAAUUGCAAACUGAAGCUAGAAAUAAUACCUCAAAUAAAUUUGAUCAUCUUUAAACGAUGCUAUAAGCAUCUUAAAAAACUGUGAAAAACGUUAAUUCGUUUAAUUAAUUCGUUUAUCGUUUAUGUUAUUUUCAGCGCAUGUGGAGAAUAUGUUCUAAAGACUGCCACAAAAGCACCAUUCGCACUCGGAUAACAAUUGAAAUUAUUGUUUUGCAGUUACCAUUUGUAUAUUAUACAAAUACCUGCGCUAUUAAAAAAUAUAUUUUUGCACGGAUUCUCAACGUAUUGUUCGAAUUAUCCAUUCAAUAUUUCCUUGAAAUUCGUGACAAUUUUAUUGGAGUUGUUUUGCACAAUAGAACUUCAAUCAAUACUCCGGCAUGUUAUCAACAGAAAAAUUCUUAUUUUAUCACGUUAGAUAAAUAUCAUAACGUUUGAAAUUAUCAGAACGGAAGUCGAGUUUAGCUAUCACUAGUAUUACAUUACUACAACUUAUUUCCCCUGGAUAAAAAGAUUAUAUGUGCGAUUUCAAUCACUUUCUUUUUACAUUCUAUUUUUAAUUACUCAAAUUUGAUUAAUGCCUACAAUUUACGAAAGCUUUGAUAUCAUUGAUUAUCAACGGUUUAUCAAUCACGUCACUGAAUAGAUGCCUAUCAAAUGAAAUAUAAACCUGAAUUUUUUAUGUUGUAAAAACUAUUUCAAAGAUGAUCGUCUCACGAGCAUUUGCAUUAUUGUUCCCCUCUUUAUUGGCUUCCAUUACGAAUCUUAAUUAUACGAUUUUCGUCGAUGACCGUGGAAUACCACAUCUGAUCAAUACCAAUGAACCUGAAUUCACGCAAGCUGAACUCAGUGAGUUAGACGAAUCCGCUCAAAAAACCACCUUCUAUUUAUACACUCGAAACAAUCCGGUAGUAGGGCAACAGCUAUUCACGAACAAUCUAGAUAGUGUAAACAACAGUUUUUGGAAUCCCGAUCACCCCAUUCGAUUGGUUACGCAUGGAUGGCUUGGAAAUAGCGAACAAGAUAUUUGCAAACUAAUUCGAGACGCUUAUCUCAGCGUUGGCGAUUACAAUGUCAUCUUAAUCGACUGGCGAGAAGUAGCCAAACAUUUGUACGUAAAAGCCGUGAGAGGUAUGCCACUCGUGUCACAACGCGUGGCCCUUUUGAUAGACUUCUUAGAAAACAAUGCAAAUCUCGAUCCUGACAGAACCACGGUAAUCGGAUUCUCCUUGGGAGGACAUGUCGCUGGUCUUAGCGCUCGUUUCGCAACUAGUAAGAUCGGCGCGGUAGUCGGUUUAGAUCCCGCGGGACCUGCUUUCGAGCUCAAAGGACCAGGGAAAAGAAUAGACAAAUCGGACGCGGUUCUAGUACAGAUAAUACAUACCUGUACGAAGUUUAUGGGCAUAAAAAAGGCAAUCGGCACUUCCGACUUUUAUCUCAAUGGCGGCGGGGAGCAACCGGGAUGUGAUGGUCCUGAUGCGAUACAAUGCUCGCACUCAAGAGCUUACUUGUAUUACGUCGAAUCUAUCGGAAACCCUACAGGAUUUCGCGUCGGAAACGUGUUAAUGGGAGGACCCUCCCUCGAUCCGAACGCACGUGGAAAGUUUUUUCUGAAGACUGCCUCACAACCGCCGUUUGCACUCGGAUAACAGUCAACAUCAUUAUUGCGAAUUUACUAUUUUUAUAUCGCGCGCGCGCACACACACACACACACAUACGCACACCGGAUAUUAAAAAAUAAAAUUGAUUUUCUUCAAAUUUUUUUAAGUAUUAUUUAAAUAAUCUAUUCAAUUCGUAAUGUGAAUAAACUUACUUUAAUUUCCUUUAAUAAUUUGUAUUAUAUUUUAUUUCAUCCUAUUUAGCUAAAUUUUAAUUAUUAUUACAUUAUCGGUGUUAUCAAUAGAAAUUUCAUUGUUUUAUCAUGUCAUCAUGAUUUUUUUCAUAUCAGAACACUUAAAAUUAUCUAAACAAACAUUUUGUUUAUAUCACUAGCAUUAUAUCAAACGUGAUUUCUUCCAAA